AUGCAGACAACAAGGCUAACUUUUGUAUUUGCUUUGGUGUCCCUGUUUUCUACACUGCUGUUGCUUAAUGGCUUUGUAGUGAAAGGGUGCCAAAAUGAUUCUGAGUGUAAUUAUCCUUUCUAUGAUAAUGUACUCAAUCAAACUAUGAAUGGUGUAAAUUUGGUGUGUCUUAAUGGCACAUGUGGCUGCGAUGGAAGUCUUAGCUACUAUUAUAAUGAUACUCUCUGUGCACCUUUGUGCUCUAAUAAUUCUGAUUGCGGUCAUGGUGUUUGUAACAUGACCUCUGGUAUGUGCGAAUGUAAUCAAGGUUUUGAUGGUGUUCAUUGUGAAGUAGUUCUUGGAAAUAAUAACAACAGUAAUCCAAAUCCUCCACCAGGUCCAGUUGAUCCAUGUGCCAAUGUUCAAUGUGGUAAUGGUACUUGUGUGAAUGGAACAUGUGAAUGCCAACAAGGUUUCACUGGUCCUCAUUGUGAUCAAGUUGUUAAUCCAAAUCCAGGUAAUAAUAAUACCAAUAACAAUGGAAGCAACCCAAAUCCUAACCCUAAUCCAAAUCCAAAUCCUAAUAAUAAUACUAAUAACAAUAAUGAAAGUAGUCCAACACCUAAUCCUAAUCCAGGUAAUAAUAAUACUAAUAACAAUGGAAGCAAUCCAAAUCCUCCACCAGGUCCAGUUGAUCCAUGUGCUAAUAUUCACUGUGGUAAUGGUACUUGUGUGAAUGGAACAUGUGAAUGUCAACAAGGUUUCACUGGUCCUCAUUGUGAUCAAGUUGUUAAUCCAAAUCCAGGUAAUAAUAACACCAACAACAAUGGAAGCAACCCAAAUCCAAAUCCUAAUAAUAAUAAUAAUAAUGGAAGUAGUCCAACACCUAAUCCAAAUCCAGGUAAUAAUAAUACUAAUAAUAAUGGAAGCAAUCCAAAUCCUCCACCAGGUCCAGUUGAUCCAUGUGCUAAUAUUCAAUCUGGUUAUUCAGGAAUUGAAUGCGAUAUCAAAACUUGUAAUGGUAAGACUGAACAAGCUGGUGGUUGUUCCUUCAAUGGUAAAUGUACUGAUGUCGACGUUUGUCAAUGUAGAGGUAAUUUUGAUCCUAGCACCUACUGUUUGAAGUGUAUUGCUGGAUACACUGGUGCAAAUUGUGAAAUUCCAAUAUGUUACAAUACUCCAGCUACUGAUAGAUCAGUAUGUAAUGGUAAGGGUUCAUGCCAAGGUCCAAAUGCUUGUAAAUGCUUGGCUGGUUUCGAAGGAUCAUCUUGUCAAUCAUUCUCAUGCCAUGGUGUUGAUAGAAAUAGUCAAUAUGCUUGUUCUCAACACGGUAAGUGUGUUGGUCCAGAUACUUGUCAAUGUGAUUCUGCUUGGACUGGUUCUCGUAAUUGUUCUAGUUGUAGUCCUGCAUUUAAGGGAGAUGAUUGUAAAGAACCAGUGUGUACAGAUGCUGGUACUUGUGGUGGCAAGGGUAAAUGUCAAGGUUUGAAAUGUAAAUGUGAUGGAAAUUAUGCUGGUGAAUAUUGUGAAAAGUGUAUUGGUGGAUUUGUUGGUGCAAAUUGUUCAAUUUCUUGUAACCCAUCCACUUGCAAUGGUAGAGGAACUUGUACCUAUGAUGGCUCUUGCACUUGUAAUAGUCCAAAUGUUGACCCAGCUGCUAAAUGUGCUCCAGGUGUUUGUCUCAACCAAUAUGCUGGUGAUAAUUGUGACUAUAAAUUUGAUACAUCCUCUCUCAAGUUCAAUGCCAACGGUGACAGACUUGUUGCAACUGUUUACUCCACCCUCAAGAGACCAAUUCCAUGUGAUCAAAUCUUCCAAGAUGUUUUAAAGCUUGGUGAUAGAUCUCAAUGUGUUUUCAAUACUGACAAGAGCACUUUGGAAGUAAUUUUGGGACCUAAUGCUGCUGUUACUACCUCAGAUGUUCUUAGACCAUUGAAAUAUCCAGGUAGUAAGGAAGCUACUAAUGCAGAAGUUCAAAGUGGUGAAUUCAUUGCUGCUUCACCAACUGUUUCCUUGAUUGGUGACAAGAGCGUUGUUUCAACAUGCGAUGAUUUGUUCUUGAAUGCUUAUGGUUCAGUUUCUUUGGAUCGUCGUCCAUUAACUUUCUCCUGGUCUGUUGCUUCGGGACCAUCAAGUUCAGAUGAAGAUAAGCUCUCAACUGCUAUCAAGAGUGAAACUCGAGGUGGAUUGAGAAUCAAAUUGAACGAGCUCGGUUUGUCUGCUGGUACUUACAUUGUUUCUGUUACUGUCACCAGUAGUUUCGGUAAAUCGGAUACCAAGUCCUUCUCUUUCACAGUUAUUGCCAAUGCUGUUCCAGCUGUGUUCAUUAAGCAAGGUGCUGAAAGCAAGUUUAUGAUUGGUUCUGUUUCAACUAUUAAUCCAAUUAUCAAAUUCCCAUCCUGUUACAACGGAAAUGGUCAAGUUCAAUACAGUUAUACUUUAGAUGCUUCUCAAUCUGCAUCCAUUGUUACACCAAAAACAAAGAAUGGAAUGCUGGUCCUUGGUAAGGGAUUUACUGAAAUUAAUCAAGAAGGUGAUUACUACUUUACAGUCACUGCCACAGCUAAUGGAGCAGAAUCAUCCUCAACCUCAAUCAAGGUAACUGCUAUUGCUCAACCAUUGAUCCUCUCCUAUUCCAUUGACAAUGUUAUUCAAUCUAAUCAAGAUCCAAUUUCAUUUAAUAUUAAGGUUGUUGAUCCAAGUAAUACCAAUGAUGCCCAAAAUGUAUCCAUCACUUGUUAUGAUUUGACUAAUGGCCAAGACUGUACCAUUCAACCUGGAUAUGUUUCUUCAUUCACAAGCACUCAAUUCACUGCUGGAGCAUACCAAUUCACUGCAACUGUAACUAAGGGAUCAAGAGGUGCUACUCGUUACUUGUUUGUUACUCUCCUUGAGCAAGCAAAGGAUACUCUUCUCAAAGUUUCAAUUACUUCAAAUGUUGACUUGACUGUUGUUGAUCCAUCUAAGGACUUGUAUUUGACCUAUACUACAUGGGGUGUUCAAUUAUCAAGCCCAUCAUUUACUUGGUCUGCUGAAAACUUUGAACUCAACACUAAUACCUCCACCACUUCAAGCUAUUUGAAGAUUCCAUCCAGCUUGCUUUCUCCAGGUGACUCAUAUACUGUUUCUUUGGCUGUCACUGAUGGUGUCAAGGAAGGUUCUGCUAAGGUUACAUUCACUGUCAACUCUCCACCAACUCAAGGUCAAUUCGAUGUCUAUCCAAUCACUGGUAAAGCUUUGAGCGAUAUUUUCGAUAUCAAGUGUGGUAAUGGUUGGUCUGAUCCUCAAACACCAUUGACUUAUCAAUUCAUGUUCUACGAUAACAAGGGUAACAAGUGGAACCCUCUUACUGACAGAACUGAAGAACCAUCCGCAAGUAUCUCACUCCCAGCACCAACAUCUGGUAAUAUUUUGACUGUUAAGGCUGUUGUGUACGACUUUUUGGGUGCUUCUUCAUAUGCUACUUUUGAUGUUACUAUUACCAAGCCAUCUGCUGAAGAAUCUGUUUCUGCCUUGUCUUCAAUGGCCACCUCUAAGGGUACUGUCACAUUGUCUGCUGCUUCAUCUGCCAUGUCUGUUAUUGGUAGUGUUGAUAUUAACAAGUUGAACUCUUCACAAAUUGAUUCUAUCAAGCAAGCUGCUUCUGCUAUUGCAGAUGCCUUCCUAGACCAACAAGCCAAAACUGAUAGUAUUUCUGUUUCCAAGAGCUCUGCUGAAAAUGGUCUGUCUUUUGCUUCAUCAUUCAGUACUUCUGUUUCUUCUGGAAUGGUUGCUGAUAGUACUACAGCCAAGGUUGUUGACAGUCUCGCAAAUACUACAGGAAAUGUUAACACUAACGGCAUCGAACUUGGAAGUGAAAUGAUUGACAAUGUAAAGAAAUCUGCUGACAAAUUCCUUGAAGUUAUUCAAAAAGGUCAACAAAGAAAGAGAGUUUUCAGUAAGGUUGACCUUGCAAACAUUAACACUGUUUAUACCAAUUUGGCAACUUUGUCUGUUAAGGACACUAUUGCUGACUUGCCAUCUACCAUUGUUAAUGCUGGUGGUGUAACAACUCUUACUCGUAAGGUUAACAUUGCUACCUUGAACUCCCUCUCUGAAAAGAUUCUUGGUAACAAUAAGAUCAAGUUAUCUUCCAAGUUUGCUCAAUUGAGUCAAAUUGCUUCUCUCAAGACUGUCAAUGUUAUGGCUAAAGUUAUUGAUGUUACUGGUGUUGAUAAUACUAUUACUAAGGCUAUUGAUUUCAAGUUGGUUGAUGGAACUGCUGUCACUGUUUCUAAUUCUUCUUCUAUUGCUGAUUUGGUCUUUGAACUCACAAAGAAAUCAAGAACUUUGAUGGAAACUGUCAACACAUGUAAGGUACUCAAUACUGUUACUAACACGUAUGAAACUGCCUCUGGAUGCACCUUAACUACGAACAACGACGGUACUAUCACUGCUUCUGUUUCAAGCACUGGUACUUAUAUCAUUACUUCUCAAACCACUGUUACACCAGGCUCUUCAACAACUCCAAAACCUUCAACUGUAACUCCAGUGAAGAGUACCAAAGUUAAUGCAAGUUCUAAUGUUGCUGUUAACGCUUUGAUGCUCAUUUUGGCCUUGGUUGCUGUAUUGAUGAUAACUAGAGAAAUAUCGUCACCCAAGAAUCAAGUAACAAAGAAAAUCACUGAUCAAAAGAAUAUUUCGGAAAUCAAAACAGUAAACGAAGCAAAAAGACAAUUAAAAUUAGACGAAUCUCACAUUGAAAAGCUUGAAAGAAUAAGACAAAGUACUUUUAAAACCACUGGAAACUAUCAAAUUUUCGAUGAAGAAGAUAAUAGUAAACUUCCAAAAGGCCAAAAAAUAGUUAAAAAGUGGCCUGUCCUCGAUUUGGGGUAUCAUCCAGAAAUGGAUAUUAACUCAUGGGAACUUGAAAUAAUCCUUGGAGAUGAUCAUCCGAUCAAGACAAUCACACUCACAGAAUUACUUGAAUCUAUCCCAUUAUCCAAAUAUACAAUUGAUUUACAUUGUGUAACCACAUGGAGUGUUAUGGACAUGCACAUGGAAGGUCUUUCCUUUCAAUCCAUUAUCAAUUAUCUAAAACCAGAUCCAGACUGGAAAUUUCUCAUUCAAACAGGAAUUGAUGGUUAUGUUGUGAAUGUCCACAGAGAGGACGUGGACACACCAGAUUCAUUUCUAGCUCUCAAAUAUAAUGAAGAAUUCAUUUCCAAAGAGCAUGGUUACAUUCGUCUCAUGAUUCCUCAACUAUUUGGCUGGAAAGGAUGUAAAUUCUUAUGUGGACUCAAAUUUUCAAAGGAAAAUGAAAAAGGGUUUUGGGAAAGUCGUGGCUCUCACGAUCGUGGAAGAGCAUUUAAAGGAGAACGAUAUCAGGAAGAUAAUAAUCAAUGGGAGAAUCUUUACGAUAAUAGUCUGAAUAAUGACGGAAAUUGGAUGGAAAUGAAAGUGGAAAAGAUUUUGAAUGAAGGAGGUUCCACUAUUGAAUUGAAAAGUUUACAAUUAUUGGAAAUUCCAAAAGAAUUGACUCAAACUUUGGAUUUUACAUUCAUAUCCAGUUUAAAUCUUGACAAUAACUUACUGACACAUGUCAAUGGAUUAUCAAUUUUGAAAAAACUUACUCGACUCAACUUGAACAAUAAUCAAAUAUCUGAAUUUCCAAUAGAAAUUUGCUCCUUACUUAAUUUGAAUGAAUUAUUCAUCAUGAAUAAUAAGUUAACACAAGUUCCGCCUGAAUUGAGUCAUUGUAAACAAAUGGGAGCUCUUUGGUUUGAUAAAAAUCAAAUCGAAACCCUUCCAAUGGAAUUAUCCGAAAUUAGUGAAUUGGCUUCAAUUUCUCUUUAUAGAAAUAAUGUCAAAUACCUUCCAAAAGAAUUGUCAAAACUCAAAUAUUUAAGAAUGUUAAAUAUUGCUGAAAAUCCAUGUUUGGAGAAUAUUCCAGUUGAGUAUUGUGAAUUGAUUAAUGUUUCCUUUUUUGGUUUGGAUAAAUGUAAGUGGGAAAAUGGAGACGAAAUUUCUAAAGAAAUUCUACAUGAAGGAGCUGAAGCCAUUCUCAAAGCACUUAGAGAACGUUUUUAUCAAAACUCAAAUAAUUGA